AGCAUGCAUUGCUUUUGAACUUAGGCGAAAAAUAGAAAACUAGAAAAUGCAAACUAAGAUGAGGCUGUGUAAUUCGUAGCCAUGAUUACCAUUUCUUCUUUAAAGCGGAAGUCUGCAAGUCGUAACUCAUUAUUUACCCUCUAAGGUAACUUAAGGAAUAAAUUAUUAGCAGCCAUAACAUGACGUGGUGCUGUGGAAUGAAUCAGACCCGGUGUGAAGGCAGAGCUCAUCUGCUUCUGGGCCAAAUAACCUUAAGCAGGACAGUUAAUCUCUCCUGGUCUAAAUUUACUUCUCUUUUUAAUGGGAAAAAAAGAACCUGCCUUACUGGUUGUAGCGAGGUUCAUGCAACAGGAACGCGCUUUGUGAUUCCUAAAGCACUAUGUCAGUCUUUACAGUUUACGAGCAAUAGCAAAAUCCUAGGAUCGUGACAUCUUGGAGGACCGCUCUCCAACCGCGAGAGUAAACGAGACUUUCCUGGAACCCCGACUGUUUCAUAAGGCCCCGGGACUGUUCCUACGUCUCUCAGCGGGGCUCUUUAAAGAGAUAAAUCAGCCGGAGGAGUUUCCGGUUAUGUCUGCGCCCCACCACUCUCCCAAAAUCCACGGGGGUUGAAUUCUGAAAACCCCCAGGCUCUAGGACCACACUGGAGGAUCCGCCGCUUGGCUGCUGCCCGGCUCAACCGGGCUGUAAAUUCCAUCGUUGCAGCGUCAUUGGCUUGAGAGCUUCCUGAAGGACAGCACCAAGAGCCAAUGGAAGGCCGCUAUUCCCAGGCGGCCACGUCAUAAGAGCCAAUCAGGCCCUCAUUUGGGCUUAACUCUUUAAAGGUGGGUUCGCGUCCCCUGAGAAAGUAGUUGGUAGUAAAUGUGCCACGUCUUCUAAGAAGGAGGGAGUCCUAAACUUGCCUGAAGCCGUUGUCCCUAAGCCUUGAACUACGUUCUUAAAUCUAUGAAGUUGAGGGCCCUUUCGCUGCUUUUGUAGGAACUUCUUUCCUGCUUCAGCAACAUGAGACUUUUCUUGUGCAACGCGGUCUUGAUGCUGUUCAUCACUUCUUUGAUUGGGGCUCUGAUCCCUGAACCAGAAGUGAAAAUUGAAGUUCUCCAGAAGCCAUUCAUCUGCCAUCGCAAGACCAAAGGAGGGGAUUUGAUGUUGGUCCACUAUGAAGGCUACUUAGAAAAGGACGGCUCCUUAUUUCACUCCACUCACAAACACAACAAUGGUCAACCCAUUUGGUUUACCCUGGGCAUCCUGGAGGCUCUCAAAGGUUGGGACCAGGGCUUGAAAGGAAUGUGUGUAGGAGAGAAGAGAAAGCUCAUCAUUCCUCCUGCUCUGGGCUAUGGAAAAGAAGGAAAAGGUAAAAUUCCCCCAGAAAGUACACUGAUAUUUAAUAUUGAUCUCCUGGAGAUUCGAAAUGGACCAAGAUCCCAUGAAUCAUUCCAAGAAAUGGAUCUUAAUGAUGACUGGAAACUCUCUAAAGAUGAGGUUAAAGCAUAUUUAAAGAAGGAGUUUGAAAAACAUGGUGCAGUGGUGAAUGAAAGUCAUCAUGAUGCUUUGGUGGAGGAUAUUUUUGAUAAAGAAGAUGAAGACAAAGAUGGGUUUAUAUCUGCCAGAGAAUUUACAUAUAAACACGAUGAGUUAUAGAGAUACAUCUACCCAUUUAAUAUAGCACUCAUCUUUCAAGAGAGGGCAGUCAUCUUUAAAGAACAUUUUAUUUUUAAACAACGUUCUUUCUUGCUUUGCUUUUUAUUUUUAUAUAUUUUUUCUGACCCCUAUUUAAAGAACCCCUUAGGGUUUCUAAGUACCUAUUUCUUUCUGGUAAGUUAUUGGGAAGAAAAAGCUAAUUUGUCUUUGAAUAGAAGACUUCUGGACAAUUUUUCACUUUCACAGAUAUGAAGUUUUGUUUUACUUUCUUACUUGUAAAUUUAAAAUGUUGCAACUGGGAACAUACCACGACAUGAGACCAGGUUAUAGCACAAAUUAGCACCCUAUAUUUCUGCUUCCCUCUAUUUUCUCCAAGUUAGAGGUCAACAUUUGAAAAGCCUUUUGCAAUAGCCCAAGGCUUGCUAUUUUCAUGUUAUAAUGAAAUAGUUUAUCUGUAACUGAUUCUGAGUCUCUGCUUGAGGACCAGAGGAAAAUGGUGGUUGGACUUGACUUGUUAAUGGCUACUGCUUUACUAAGGAGAUGUGCAAUGUUGAAGUUAGAAACAAGGUUAAUAGCCAGGCGCAAUGGCUCACGCCUGUAAUCCCAGCACUUUGGGAGGCUGAGGCAGGUGGAUCACCCAAGGUCGGGAGUUCAAGAACAGCCUGACCAACAUGGAGAAACCCCGUUUCUACUGAAAAUACAGAAUUAGCCGGGCGUGGUGAUGCGUGCCUGUAAUCCCAGCUACUCAGGAAGGCUGAGGCAGCAGAAUGACGUGAACCCGGAGGCGGAGGUUGCGGUGAGACGAGAUCAUGCCAUUGCACUCCAGCCUGGACACUCUGUCUCAAAAAAAAAAAGAAAACACGGUUAAUAACAUAUAAAUAUGUAUGCAUUGAGACAUGCUACCUAGGACUUAAGCUGAUGAAGCUUGGCUCCUAGUGAUUGGUGGCCUAUUAUGAUAAAUAGGACAAAUCAUUUAUGUGUUAGUUUCUUUGUAAUAAAAUUUAUCAAUAUGUUAUAGAUGAGGUAGAAAGUUAUAUUUAUAUUCAAUGUUUACUUUUUAAGGCUAGCGGAAUAUCCUUCCUGGUUCUUUAAUGGGUAGUCUAUAGUAUAUUAUACUACAAUAACAUUGUAUUGUAAGAUAAAGUAGUAAACCAGUCUACAUUUUCCCAUUUCUGUCUUAUCAAAAACUGAAGUGGGCUGGGGGUGGUGGCUCAUACCUGUAAUCCCAGCACUUUGGGAGGCCAAGGAGGGUGGAUCUCUUGAGGUCAGGAGUUCGAGACCAGCCUGGCCAACAUGGUAAAACCCCGUCUCUACUAAAAAUACAAAAAUUAGUCAGGUGUGGUGGUGCACACCUGUAGUCCCAGCUACUUGGGAGGCUGAGACAAGAGAUUUGCUUGAACCCGGGAGGUGGAGGUUGCAGUGAGCCAAGAUUGUGCCACUGUACUCCAGCCUGGGUGACACAGCAAGACUCCAUCUCAAAAAAUAAAAAAUAAAAUAAAUGAAGCAGACCUACAGCAGCUAUUAUUGAAUAAAUACCUAUCCUGGACUUAAAAAAAUAAAAAAAUAUAUAUAAUUUUAUUUUAAA